UUCCGUCAUGAGCGUCAUGAGGUCGGGUCCUACUGCUUGUUCACUCAAGUCGCAGUCGAUACGUCCGAGUCUGCGCGACGAGCGUCUCAAACGGCUGAGGUUCGAACCGGGCAUUGUGUGCAAGAGAGCAACGGAAUGAUGUUUACGUUUGCUACCUGCGAGCUGCAGGAUUGGGCCAUGUGAUUUUGAGAAAUACUUUCAUUCGCGAUUGUAGGCUUUUGUUGUUGGUGUCCAAUAAAUGGGCGUGGAUUGUGCCUAUCCAGCAUUUCGGCCUGAGGUUUGAGACUUGUUUAGUCUGGGUAGGGGACAUAUGUGAAGAUGGAAGCUCUGCGUCAAACCAACCAACAUGGAAAGAUGGGUACCUCAUCUGGAGGAGGACCCACUGUCAUACACACUCAGCAAGGACAAGGGUUGGCAGCCCUGUUAGUAAUGAUUGCAGUUUUGUGCUUCAUUCUUGCUUACUGCUGCUGGGGGGCACCAUGUUGUCGCUCUUUCUGCCGCCGUCGCUGCUGCUGCCACGUGAACAGAGCAAACAGUCAGGGAGAUAUUGAGGCAUCACCAUCUGACAUAGGGUUGAGUGUGGACCAGGGCAUGGUGGCCACUCCAACAAUAAUUCUGCUGCCUUAUGGGCGCAUGCUUGUGGUAGAUGGCUCUGUGUUUGCACAGCUGCAGGCAGACACAAGCGGACUUGAUCUUAUUGAGCUCGGCGAGAAUGUUGUGCAGGCUCAACAGCGACCCACCCUCAAUGUCACACUCAACAGCCUCACAGGCAGCACACCCAGUAUCCUGGAUGUGGACUCUGAGACUAACAGUAAGGAUGGCUGCAUUUCUCCUACACUGGGUGGACUCCUGCCUCCAACAUACGAAUCCAUUUUUGGAUCUGAAAGCAUGGCUGACCUGCCACCAUCCUAUGAUGAAAUCCUGCAGCAGGUACAAGUGCAAGAGACACCAGAAACUGUGAAUGAAGAGUACCAGCCAGGAGAGAUCCGGGAGAGCAGAGUGUGAUACUGGGCAUGCAUGUGACAUGC